AUGUUUGAGUUCAAUCAUGCUGACCCAUCAUCACUUGGUAGUUUGAAGAUGUCAUCACCAUCUGAUAUAAAAGAAAUUAUUAAUCAUGCAUCGAUUAAUGCCUAUUUUGAUAUGAUUUGUCGUCAUGGUUGGAUUACAGCUGAGAUUGGCGAGUAUUUAAAAUUGAAUAAAGAAAAUAUUUUUGGUGGAACCGACUAUGAUUAUCAAAAUGACAAAGUGACAUUCGUAAAAGUUAAUUUAAAUCAAUCGACCAUUGAUCUUGAGGAUAAUCGUGUUGAUCUUGUAACAUACUUCGUCACUCUUCAUCAUGUUCCUCAUUUGGAAUCAAUGCUUUCUGACAUUGUUCGUAUUUUACGAUCAGAUGGUUAUCUUAUCAUACGCGAGAAUGAUUGCAAAAAGGUAUACUCACUUACAGCUAAAUAUCUCAAUUUUGUUCAUGCUUUCAUGAUGAUUGCACGUGUUGGUGAAUUUGCUGGUGUAGGAGAAAACCAUUUGAAAAAAGACGAAAUUGAAUCUGAUGAUGAUUCUAUAUGCCAUAAGACUGAGUGGCAACAACAAAAAUUAAAAAUCAUUCAAUAUACGAGUUCAAUUCAAUAUCGAACACGUGCUGACUGGCAACAAAAAAUAGAGAAUGCUGGUUUUCGUCUUAAAAGUACACUUGAAUAUGAUAGAAACGUAUCGUCUAAUCCUCUAGCGGUAUAUUAUGCUGUUUUUCAACUGAAGACCAAGUAA